UUUUUCUUCAACACGCCACAGCUCUCCGCAUCGGCUGGAUCCAUUGCCACAACUCUUCCCGGCAGCACAGCAAGAAAUGCUCAAAUCCACUCACAAGGCAGCGCCAUUGGCUCCUCUGCCGCCGGGCUGGACCGAACACAAGGCCCCGACUGGCCACACCUACUACUACAACGCCGAAACCAAGGAAUCCACGUAUAAGCGGCCCAGCGUCCAGCCCGCAGCCCAACUCGGGCCCGAGCCAUCCUACAACCCGUACGGCGCCGUUCCGAAUCUCUCAGACCCAAGAGUUGCAAAUGCCUACAUGGCACAGUUCAACCAGCCGCCCCCCCAGGCGCAGAGGGGCGGCUUUGGCGGCGGCGCUCGAGGCGGACUCGAAGGACGGCCGCGCCCCCAGCCGGUGGACAAGCCCAGGAGAAAAGAAGUGAUUCCCGGGUGUGAGCCGUGGAUCCUGGUGUAUACGAAGUACUCGCGACGCUUCGUGUACAACCCGGUGAAGAAUGCGAGCUACUGGCGCAUACCUGAGAAACUCAUGCCUGCCAUUCUAGAAAUGGACAAGAAGCGGAUCCUCGGCUCGACGGCGGGCGAGGACGAGAAGAAGGAAACAGAUAACGAUCAAUCGAAAGAGCAGGAGAGAAAGGACGCCGAGAAGACAGCUGCGUUGGACCGAGACUACGAAAGCGAUGAAUACAUGUACGAGGAGGUCGAGGCCGAGGCCACCGACGAUGAAGGUCAGGAUGAGGGCCGAGAAGGGGACGAAAACGACGACGACGAGCAUCCGUCGAAGCGACAACGGACCGAAAUGGGAGGCAAAGGCCCUCUUGAAUUCACAGAAGCGGACAUUGUCGCCCAACUACAAGCCAUGGGUGAAGACUAUGGCCUUGAGCCUGGAGACUAUGACGACGGCAAUAUGGAGGAUUGGCCCGAAGGUGCAGAGGGUGUGGAAUUUUCAGAAGAAGAUGCCAAGUUUUUGUUCAAGGAUAUGCUCAUCGAUCUCAACAUCAACCCUUACAGCUCAUGGGACAAACUUCUGGAGGAGGGUAAAAUCAUCGAGGAUCCUCGCUACACGGCCUUGAGCACGACAAAGGCGCGAAAGGAGUGCUGGGACGAGUGGACGCGGGAGAAGAUUGCCGAGCUGAAAGAGCAGCGGGCCAAGCAGGAGAAGAAGGAUCCCAAGAUUGCGUGGAUGGCGUUUCUGCAGGAAAAGGCGUCACCGAAGCUGUAUUGGCCAGAGUUUAAGAGGAAAUACAGAAAAGAGGACCCGAUGAAGGACAUGAAGCUGUCGGACAAGGAUCGAGAGAAGUCAUACCGAGAGCACAUUAACCGUCUCAAAAUGCCCCAAACGACACUCAAGUCCGACCUCACAGCCCUCCUCAAAGCACAGCCCAUACACCUCUUGAAUAACAAGUCGCUUGCAAAUGGCUUGCCGGCGCAGGUCCUGACUGACAUACGAUAUAUCUCUCUCGAGCCUAAAAUCCGCGAUCCUUUGGUCGAAGCCUACGUGCAGACAUUACCACCACCCCCUGAAGAUCCUUCCUCUGCGGCUGAGGAUGAAGAACAGAGAAAGGCGCGCGAGGCUAGAGAGAGGAGGGAGAAGGCGUUGGAAGAGCGGAACAGGAUGAUUGAGGAGCAGCGGAGGAGGCGAGAGAGAGAUGUGGCUGUGAGCAAGGCGAGGUUGAGAGAGGAAGAAAGGGAGUUGGAGGUUGCGAUGAGAGUUGGGAAAAGGGGUCUACAGAGCCAGUUGGCGAGCAUGAAGCCUCAAGAAGAGGAGCAGCAGGGAGAGAAGGGAGGGUCAUGAUGAGUGUAUAGAUGGCAAAUGGGUUGCUUAAUUAAUUCAAAUAGUAAUUGGCGAGUAAAUAUGUAGAUUUUAAAGAUUAUCAAAGAAGCGAUCGGCCCUUUGCCGCACCUCUCCUGCCCACUUUUCCACAUCUUCUGUGCCCUCAAUGCCAUCCUCUGUGAGAUAGACAUCCACCAGCGUCGCAGGCACCCACUCGAAAUACACAUUCUUCACAGUCACGCCCGGCAACUUCACCUCGGAUCCUUGUUCCGCCCCUAGAACGGCUCCCCACCCGCGGAUGAGCUCCCCAGCGUCGUUUUCUUCAUCGUGCACAGGCGGC